ACCCGUCAGCAGCCACCCCGCUCUCCCCUCCCCGCGUGGCGGGGAUGGGGGUGUCAGUGUCAAGAGGCAGCAGCAGCCUCUGGUGCCAAUCCCGGGGCAGGGCGCAGGCGACGAGGGGAUUGGAGUCGCCGAAGCGUCAAGCGUGACCGCCCGAGGCCCCUCCUGCCUGCUGGGAAAGCCAUAAAAAACCUCGGCGAGGCGCCGAGCCACAGACCGGAGAGUCGAGCCACCGGCAAGAGAGCGACGCGGACCUGAGCGCGGGAAAAGCCCCAGCUACAGAGCCUGCCAUGCAGGGGACCAUGCGGUUGUGGCUGUCCGUGGUGACUUUCGCCCUGUCCUUGCUGAUCUGCCUGGGGACGCUGGCGGAGGCGUAUCCAUCCAAACCUGACAACCCCGGCGAGGACGCGCCUGCGGAGGACAUGGCCAGAUACUACUCGGCACUGAGGCACUACAUCAACCUCAUCACGCGGCAGAGAUAUGGAAAGAGAUCAAGCCCAGAGACACUGAUCUCGGAUCUUUUGUUGAGAGAAAGCACAGAGAAUAUUCCUAGAUCUAGGUUUGAAGACCCUUCUAUGUGGUGAUGGAAAUUUCAGCACAUCGUCAAACUUUUCCUAGUUUUCAAUCCAUACUUAUUGCUAUAAGACCAAUCACAGUUUAUCACUCCUCAGUGCAUGCAACCAUCAUACUGAAUUCUGUAGCAUUUUUCCUUCAUCAUACUUGUAUAUACAUUUAUUUAAAUAAUUUAUUUGUGCAUUCCACAAUGUAACAUACUAAAUGAAAGACAACACCACUAUUAUUGGCAUAGUAAAGAUUUGUUUUAAACUAUUAAAACUGAAUUACAACCUCCCUGCAGUCUAAAGUAGCAUGUACAGUGAUCAUUUCACAAAUAUUAAAAUAGUGAUUGUGAAAGGUGAAAUAAUUACAACACUUACCUGGGCCUUUAAUUUAAUUUUUCUGUUUUGAUUUAUAUACAUUUAUUUAUGUUUCACAACAGUCAAUAUUUCCUACAUAAUUUAGGAAAAUAAAAUGAUCUGGAAAGUGUUUUUUCAUACUCAUUAUACAGAACAAUUGUUUAUUAUUUACAUUAACCCAUAUAUUAAAAUUAAUAGCAUUUUCAAAAUACAAAGAGGUUUAAUUCUGCUAAACUGUCAAGACUGAUUAAAAGUUCAAAUUUAAAAAAUGGAAUCUCUUCAUUUUGGCAAUAUACAAAGUGACAGGAAACAAUAUAAUUCCUAGGUAAUAUUGCAAUAUGAAUUUGGAAGUGUUUGGGAGUUAAUAGUUGAUUCCAUGAAAAGCUACCUAGUGAACGUUUAAUAUUUUCUUUGUGAUACAAAGUUUUGAAUAACUGAAUCCAACACAAAGAAUUUUCUUAAUUUCUGUCCUAGUCACCCUUUCCAUAAGCAGAGAGUACCUAGAUCAGGUAUAAUGGUAUUUUCUUUGGUGUUUCUUCUCCAAAUGUUCCAUGUGUAAAAUUCCCAUUACCCUGGUGGGAGAGCUACUGAUGCUUGUUGAGUUGAAAAUAACCUUAAUGUUUUCAUUCAAAACUACUUAAUGUUAUAACAGCGUUUUCUACUCUCAUUCUAUAUAUGGUUCUGUCAUUGUCAGAGAUUCAGUGUGGAAUAUUGUCAGUAGCUGUUUGUAUUAUAUUUGGCCUCUUAUAUAGAAUGGCACAGAUUCUGGUCCUUGGUCCCUGAUAUUUUAGCAUGCUACCCCUUAUUUAUACAUCAGAGAUAAAUGCAUAGGGAUCGUGUGAAAGAACACAGCCAAAAUUGUAAGUCAGAGAAAAAUCUGCUUGGAAGUUUGAUGUAUAAACAUUUCAUAUCUGUUUUACAAAUAUUGUUAUAUUGCUAAAACACAAAUACAUCUAUACAAUUUAAGUGGGUUUUUAAUCUGCUCGUUACAGAUACACACUGGAUGUGUUGUUACAUUUUGUAAUUCCUCCACAUUUGCCAGUUAAUGUAUGUCACGCCUACUUCAGUGAAACAUUAAAAACAUAUUCAUUUAAAGAAAACACGCAGAUGGUAUUUUAAUAGGCAAACUGUUUCAACACCUACAUUGUCACUUUAUUGAUUUAGACUAUAUAGUUGGUCUAUUCUGGUGCAGUCUUUACAAAAAUUGAAUUUAAUGAGAUAUAUAUUGUAUUUACCACUGAUUUCUGGCAUUGUGUAUAAUAAAUACAUUAGUGAUC